GUCGGAUGCCGGAAGGACUACUUUGGAUACCCGGAAAAAGCAUCCGGGUGACUGAAGAAUCACGGAUGCAGAGAGUAGAAGUGCUCUGCAUCAAUGGUUUCUUUCGUUGAAUCGAGACGAUUAUAAUCUAAAGAUGCCGAGUCCAAGGGUUAAAAGAACAGCCACCUCCUUCUCCACUAACAAUAAUGGAAGAAUUGAAUUCAUGUCUCUGCUUACCAACAGAACAAGUGCUUCAGAAACACCUACAGUCCGGCAUCGGGCGUCCGAUAGCCCCGUGCACCGCAAGGACUCUUUCAGCUCUUCCACUUCAUCUCAGCAGCAACAGCUUCCGGAAGAAGACUGCAUGAAAUUAAAUCCGUCCUUUUUUGGGAUCGCCCUUAGGUCACUAUUAGCUGUUGAUCUAUGGUUGUCCAAGAAAUUGGGAGUAUGUGCGAGAGAGGGCUCGUCUUGGGGCAGUGCCCGUCCUAUGAUGAAGUUGAUUGAGAUUUCUGGACAUGGUAUACCUUGGAUUGCUGGCACCAUCUAUUACCUGUAUACGAGUGAUAGCUAUGCUGUACGUGAGGUUAUUCUGAACCUACUGUUUGCAUUGCUUCUGGAUAUCAUCCUUGUAGGAGUUGUGAAAGGCAUCGUGAAGCGUCGCCGUCCAACACAGAAUCGUAUGGACAUGUUUGCUACCUUCUCUGUGGACAAGUAUUCCUUCCCUUCGGGCCAUGCAACAAGAGCAGCCAUGGUGUCUCGCUUUGUGCUUAAUCAUCUAGUGCUGGCUGUUCCUGUCAGGUUACUGGUAAUUCUCUGGGCAGUUGUUGUCUGCUUGUCUAGAGUCAUGCUUGGUAGGCACAAUGUAACUGAUGUCCUGUUUGGCUACUUUAUGGGGCACAUGCAGUACAGUAUAGUUGAGUAUUUCUGGCUGUCACCAAAUGCUUUACCAUCUUUGUUCAAAAUGUGAUAUAUGCAAACAGGAAGUAAUUAUGAUUGGUGGUCGUUGAAGGCUCAUUCUCAUUCGCAAUGGAAAUACGAUUGCCUAACACACGUUGCUGCUUUUAUUAUAUCUGUAGGGUCGAGUACAUGCAACAGUUAGAUGACUGCUGAGACAAAAUAAUCUUUACAUUAUUAGUAAACAACAUUUGCAAGUAAGAAGCAUUGCACUUAAAGAUCCAACAUGUUGUUCCUAUUGAAUUGCUGAAAUCAAGGACAUCAUGUAAUCUUGCCAAUAAACAGCUAAUCAAUUUAGAAAAAUUAAAAUGGUAUUGAAGGGGUAUCUUGUAUCGUAAAAAUAUUUUAUUUUUUAGGGAAUACAUCUUAGUUUACCUGUAUUUGAAAGCACCUGUCUAUGUAUUUACUGUGGGCUGACUUUAAAGAUCAUUUUUGCCUAUGAACUGCAUACUCUCAGGCCAAGGAAUGGGUGAGGUAUUUCUUGUUGGAAACGUUUGUGUAUAUAAUCUGAAUCGCAUUCUAGAAAACCGUUAAUGCUACAUGGCUGGAUUUCUUUUCAGAAUUACUGUCAAUUCUUUCCACCAGCAUAAUUUUUUAAACAAACUUGCCAUUCUUUUGCCAAUCAGCCUUAAUAUUCCGA